CCGGCCCCGCCCACUAAUGAGUCGCAUCUAAGCGGUCUACUCCCACAGAGCUAACUGCUAACUGUUCCAAAAACCCUACCCCCGCCGUCGCCACCCUCUCUCUCUCUCUUCCUCUUCCUCUCUUGUAUCAUGCUAUCGUCGGGACGCAGACCGUCAUAUCUUGCCGCCGGCAUGCUGCACAGCUAGUUUCUUCAUUUCUCUUCUGGAUACGCCAUGUUUGCUUCUUCCAGAAGCCUUAUCUGCCGCUUCCGCCUCAUUCUACCGGGCCAAUUCAUUCACCGAAGCUUAAGCGCGGAGCCUCUUUUAAAUGGAUAUGAGAGUGAGUCCGCCAGAAGUGGUCGCAUCAUUGAGGCCAUGCCGAGGACAAUGAUGCCUAACUCGAAGAGAACGGGUGCGAUCGCCGUCAAGUGUGGGAUGACGGCGCUGUGGGACAAGUGGGGGGCGCGGGUGCCGAUCACGAUCCUGUGGCUGGACGAUAACAUUGUUUCCCAAGUGAAGACACCGGAGAAGGAGGGGAUCGUCGCCCUGCAGAUUGGUGCAGGUCAGAAAAAAGAAAAACAUCUUAGAAAACCUGAAGUUGGGCAUUUUCGAGCUCAAGGUGUUCCUCUAAAGAGGAAACUGAGGGAGUUUCCGGUGACCGAGGAUGCUCUUCUCCCUGUUGGUACUCCAAUAACGGUUCGACAUUUUGUGCCAGGCCAGUAUGUGGAUGUAACUGGGAUUACUCGGGGUAAAGGUUUCCAGGGUGUGAUGAAAAGGCAUGGUUUUAGCGGUGGACCCGCAUCGCAUGGUACAUCAUUAGCGCACCGAGCUGGAGGUUCUACUGGUCAGAGAGAUGCUCCUGGAAAGGUUUUCAAGGGAAGAAAAAUGGCUGGUCGUAUGGGUGGAAAGCAAUGCACUGUGAAGAAUGUUUGGGUUUAUAAGAUAGAUCCUGCAAGAAAUAUGAUGUGGGUUAGAGGCCAGGUUCCUGGUGCUGAAGGAAACUUUGUUUUCGUCAAAGAUGCUGUGUACAAGAAGCCAGAAAACUCAUUGCUGCCCUUCCCCACCUAUUUUGCCCCAGUAGAUGAGGAAACCCAAGAGCUAGAACCCAUAGUUGCUGAUCUUGGGGAUGUAGAUCCUUUCAUGGCAGCUGAUUAGCAAAUUACUGGAUAUCAAAUGCUGCAAUCUCUUCUUCUUACUUGAAUUGAAUGUGAGUGCUUCCGGCAAGUGCCUUUAAGGCUUCGUUUCGGACGGCUUUUUCACUGUUUCUUGAAGCAGCUUUUCAGUACAAAAAAUUUAAUUUUUUUAACUAAAAUGCUGCUUCAAGAAGCAGUAAAAAAGCCAUCCCAAACGAAAUCUAAGAGAAUUAUCAGGUUUUUUUUGCCGUAAAUUUUAGCAGUUCACAUCAACUUGUAGAAUGAGCAUGAGCUACAACCAUUUGGCCGGAAAACCACAGCUAAUCUUUGCAAACUACUUAGAUUAUCUCCCAUAAUUAAUAUCUUGAUUCUUGGAAUAGAAAUUGUUGUGUUUCAUUAGCUCUGUAAGAAAUUUCCUGUUUAAAAAGGGCAUUUUAUGAAAUAAACAUGGUUUAGUAAUUGACCACUUAACUAUUUUUUUGCCA